GGAAGGGGUGGUGUUUAGGAGCGCGGGAGGGGUGGGCAGUUGGAGCGUGAGGGUGGUUGUCGGCAUGGCUGCUGUGGUGAGGAAAAUCAUCAGCACCGCUAAGGCUCCCAUGCCGGUGGGUGCCUACAGCCAAGCAGUGCUUGUAGACCGGACCAUGUACAUUGCAGGACAGAUAGGUAUAGAACCUUCCAGCGGGCAGCUUGUCUCUGGAGGUAUAAGGGAAGAAGCUAAGCAGGUGUUUAAAAAUUUGGGGGAAAUUCUGAAAGCUGCAGGCUGUGACUUCAGCAACGUUGUGAAGACCACGGUUUUGAUGGCAGACAUAAAGGACUUCAGUGACAUGAAUGAUAUUUAUGGUCAAUAUUUCAAAUCAAACUGCCCAGCCAGAGUAUCCUUUCAGGUUGCUGCUUUGCCAAAAGGUGCCCAGAUUGAGAUUGAAGCUAUUGCCAUUCAAGGACCCAUCCAGAAUGUUCCAGCCUCUCUAUAAGUGAAGACUGAAAACUACCUGGAAAGGUGCUU